AUGGAGAAUACUAAAAACCUUGAAACAACUGCAGUUAUUGAAAAUGAUGAACUCAUAUCUGACACUUUGCAUGAAGAUAAAACUUAUUUUGAUGAUUUAAGUAAAAGUACUGAACAGGAAGAAAAUGACGAACGAGAUGUGGUAGAAUUGGUGGGGUUACAAGAAGAAUAUGAAAAUAUUUCAGAAAACCAAGAAAAGUUGUCCCAAAAAGAAGGCUCAGAAUCAGUAAAAACCUUGAUUGAUAAACAAAUAGUUGACACAAAUGCAAUAGAAGUAUUAAGAGGAAGUGAAGAAGAAAUGACUGAAGUAAAAAUUAGUCCAGAAGCAGCAGGAGAACAACAAGAAAUAGUCGAAGAGGAAGAAAAUGUAUUGAAUGAAGAACCUCCACCAGAUCCUAGUGCUCCAUUAAACCUUAGAGAUUCAAAAGAAGCUCUUAAAGAGCCGUUCAACCUCCGACCAGAUCAGUUGGCUGAAGUAGAACAGCUUUGGGAUUUUUUCCAGGAUUACACUCCAGUCUACACAGAUUUAGACAAUUUUAUAACUAAAAAGGAAUUGGUCUACAUGCUCAAAUCUCUUCUUCUUAUGACUUAUACAUCAGAUCAACUGCAAGAAUUAAUAGAUUUUUGUGUGAGGCCCCCCCAUUCAGAAGGUCACAUCACAUUUGAUCAAUUUUUAAAGAUAGUAACAAUAAGACAAAGAGAUAUACCUAUAGAAGAAGAAUUAAGAUCAGCAUUGCAAGCACUUGAUCCCGACGAAACUGGUCUGAUAGACAGAGAGUUCAUGAAAGAAGUGCUAACAAAGCAAGGCCAUAAAAUGUCCCCAAGGCUAGUUAAUAAACUUAUAAAAGAAGUCGACAUUAGCAAUGAUGGUACGAUUGCUAUCGAAGAUGUAGUUGGGAAUAUGUGUAUUGAUUUAAAUAAGGAUGAUAUUUUAAUGCUUUUAGCAUCAUUGCAACCUGAAUCUAAUGAAAAAAAUGAAGGAGAUAUAUUUUGA